AGCACCUCCUGGACAAGCCAGGUAUCAAACCUGACAAAAAAGCUAUCAGACCUCAUAAGCCGAUCGCCAAAGUACCUCACAAGCUAGCCAUCAAACCUCACAAGCCGGUCAUCAGAGCACCCCACGAACUAGUCAUCAAACCUCACGAUGCAAAGGUUCACUCUUCUUUCGCUGUCAACACUCCUCGUAGUAAUUAGUGGCCUGCCUCAGCAGUCCACUACUCUACCAAUCGAUCCCGGUAAUCCAAAUCUACCUGCGGGUAACUUCGUUCUCCCCCCACAGACGCCGAAUCCUUUCCCAAAUGGCAUUCCUAUCGCACCGGAUGUAUGUGACCCGGAGCGCCUCACCGACGACUGCUUCACCGCCAUGAACAAUAAUCCACAUGGUGCUUUUCUUUAUCUUGACAACGACCACGGUUGCACCGACGGACAAAGGAAAAUGCUUGAGAACGGAUUCUGGAAUGCCGGUUUGCUUCUAAAGGAAGCAUCAAAACGGGCUGAAGAGCGCUCAGCGCCAUAUGCACUCUCGGCUGAUUACUGGAUGGGAGCAGACUGGGGAGAUUACGAGGAACGUAUCAAAGGCAACAUUGAACGUGGAAGCAACUUUGUCAACAAUGGCAAAACAUUAAACUAUAUCACAGUCACAUGCCGGGACCCCAAGAGCUACUGCAAAAAAGACCCUAUCAACGGCAAGCAAAUCGGCGGCUAUGCUUGGAAUUAUAAGGGCUGGACGGGAACAUACGGCUACAUCUCCAUGUGCGACCCAUACUUUACACUAAACGAUUUCGCAGGGACCUUGGACAAGAUCAACCAUUGGAAAGAGACUGGCCAGCUCAGUAAUCUUUACCAAAUGGAAAACUACCAGACUAGUGGUCAGUUCAUAGUCCACGAGAUGAUGCACCUCUACAGCACCUAUUAUCCAGAACCACCGAUCACAGAUGAAACUCUGAGAGUGGUUGGGCCCAGGACGUACGCAUAUGGACCUAAACAAGUACGUCGCUUGGCCAAGGGAGAAAAAUACUCCGGGAAGGGUGAGAGUGGAGCCGUAUUGUCAACUCUCAAUUCCGAUAGCUACACCAUGCUUAUCAACUCCGUCUUCUGGUGGGAGAUCGUGGGACGCCUUCCGGGAGCUUCGCCUGAGGAUUCAGGAGUCGCACCACCUUCAUCGCCGCUAAUAGUCUUCCCGAGCGUCUCUAUCACCCAAGGCGACGGUUUCUCGAUUUCCAGCGUUGACAGCCUGUUGGGUCAAGAAGUUGAUCGCUACUUUGCAGCUGACGCGCCGACGUCGAACGACACCCCCACUCCUGCUCCUGCACCAUCCGACGUGCCCACCCAGGACCAAAAUGCGUGCCAUGGCAUCGGUGGGGACUAUUGGGUCCGAUCUCGUGACGUUGCCGCCCAGAACGUCAUCGACUUUUGCGGUCAGACCGAACUCGAAAAGACAUAUAACGCCAACUCGGUAAAUGAGCUGAAACUCUCCGUCCGCAAGCUUUAUGGUGAUAGCAAGACACCGCGGGAUGCUCCGGACUGUGUCGGCCGCUUUACGAAUGCUGUCAUCGAUGGAUGUGACGGCGCCGAUUCGCUCAACAACCCUCACAACUACAAAUUCGGCUCAACAUUGACCACUGCCGAUGGUUGGGAGUACAAGAUGACUCCCCUCAGCCAGCAAGUUAAUCAAGUUAGCUGCGACGCUGAGUACAAAUUCUUCUUCAACAGCUUCGAGAUCCGCGGCAAGAACUUGCCUGAUGCCUUGUUUGGUGCGGAAGGGGAGGGCUUGAAGAAACAGAUCGAGGGCUGUGGAGCGUUGACCUUCUGGAACUUCGAACGCACCCCAGAUGAUUGCUGCUACCAAUGGUACGCUGCAGGCAACUUGCCCAUCGGCACCCGAGCUUGCAUCGGCAGAGCUCUAAUGUCGGCAGGCAGCAGUGGUCUCGGCAACUGCUGGGGUAUCGGCAAACGCCAGGUGAACAAUACACGCCAAGUUGACAGCAUUGACAGCUGGCCCGGGUACGGUGAUGAAGGCAGACACGUGUUCCGGAAUCCUCCGUUGAUCGGUCGGGAUAACAUCGACACCUGGCCCGGCUAUGGUGAUGAAGGCAGGCACGUCUUCAAGGAUGCGACACGGGAGUAAUGCAGAUAAGCAUUGGGGAGUGCAGGAUCACUUCUCAUGUGGACGUUGCUAACGCGUUGUGCUUAUUUUGUUUUGUUGUUUUUAUGUACUACUGUAGUUAAUGGCCAAUACUUUACUUUGUGGUAAAUUGAUAUCACCUCCUU